AUGUCGACCUCGGUGAUCGCAAGAAUGAAGAAAAGAGACGGAUCGUAUGGUUCACCCGUGCCAGCGGAUGGGCACUCGGGCGAUGCGGAGCAGUGUGCUCGCCCGGCGGAACAGCUCCAGGACCCGGACGUCACGGAUUCGGACGACAGCGAUGGGGAUGAUGUGAUAGUGCCGUUUGUCAUACCCACUAGAGCCAGGACGAUUGAGCCCAAGCGCGAUGCGGACGCCAUGGACACAACCCCGGAUGGUAUACCAGAAACAACCGGGGUGGAUACGGGGUCCGGGAAGGAUGCUAUGGUGAUCUCUGAGGAUGAACGGGCUGUGCCGUUGACUCCUCCUCGACAGUUUGUGAUGCCCCAGCCCCCGGCGAACCGCCGGGCACAGACGAUUCGAACCCGCGCCCGGAAGGUUUCGCCCAUUCCCAUUUCCAGCGACUCCGAACCCGACGGACAGUUCGACUUACCCACGACGCAUGCAAGCAGCACCACUUCCGUCAGUGGUACCCGACUUAUCGGCCCGCUCCCGGUGUCGGACGUGGAGUCUGAUGACGACGGCUUGGAGACCGUUGUGUUUAUCCCGCCGAGACGAUCACGCAGCAAGACCGCAUCGGCACCCGUAGGCUUGGCGGAAGGAGUGGGAUUGUCGGCUGGUGGCUCAAGUGUGGGCGGAGUGCAGGGACCGUCGAUUAUGGCCGUCGGACGCCAAUCCCCUAUGCCGAUAGAGAUCUCAAGCGGCGACGAUACUGAAUCUGAGGUGGACGACGGCGUGGAAGACGGUUCAGUCAAUGUGUUGGCUGGGCGGGCAAUACAGACUCCGCCGCCGCAUGGGAGUUCGCUGGAGGGUCCAGAGUCUCCCCCUUACCGGAGUGCAACGCCGAUCGAUGUCUCAUCCACUGAUGAGACUGAUUCCGAUCUGGAGACGGGAACACCCAUCAGGCCCUCCAUGGCGGUUCCAAAGACCACGCCGAACGCAAUCAUUGCCGACGAUACGGCGCCAACGACCCCGUUGCGACCAGUCCUCGGGAGUCCUGUCAGCCUGGAAAGGUCACUGGUUGAAGAGCGACGGGGUCUACCCGCAACGGAGGAUAGGCAGAACUGGCGAGGUCUGCCAGACAUCGCAAAGCCGAUUGCACGAAAGAAAGGAAAUCGUCCUGUAUUCGAAGUCCCCAACAAGUCUACGAAUCCAAAUUCGUUCUUGGGAGGGGUGCCGGGACCAUCGCGCCCGAAGUCGAACGCCCAGCUGCAUGGAAAGGAUUUUCUCUUCGGCUUCAACGAUGAGUCUACGAACCCGAAUCCGUUCUCGCGAGGGGUGCCGGGACCAUCGCGCCCGAAGUCGGACGCCGAGCCGUAUGGAGCGGGUCUUCGCUUCCGCAUGAACGACGAGUUCAAAGGCCGAUCUCCUUUUGUGCGAGGGGUGCCUGGACCUUGGCGCUCCACCGUGGCGUCCACCGAGGAAUCUCAGUUUGAGGGCGAGUUCGUGAAGGGCCCCCGCUAUGACGCGCCCAUGCCUCGAAUGGUGGAACACGACAUUCAGCAAGGCGCGGUCCUCCGUGCGCGAUUGGAGGCUUUACGCGAGCUGCAGCGGGCCAACAGGCGGGGUGGCGAGAUUCUCGCAAAGAUGGCGAAAUACUACGGGACGGCGGACAAGGAGUAG